AUGUUUCCGGGUAAAGCUCCCUCCGUGGAGAAGCGGCUUCCGACGCCGGAGAAAGGAGGGCCACGUGGCACGUUUGCGGACAUGAUCGCGGCUCGGAAAGCAGAGAAAGGGGGGAGCGGCGGCGGAAGCGCAAUAUCCGAAAUGAUCGCCGCGCGGCAGCAGAGCGCGAAAGACGCGGAACCUUCGGGGGAGGAUCCCGAGGUCACAGCGGCAAAGGCGGCGGCGGAAGCGAACCGGCUGGCCAUUUUUAACUCUAUCCGGUUUUCGGGCCAGCCGAGUCCGGGCCAGUUAAAGCCCGAGGAACGCAACGGUAUCGACCGUAGCAGCAAUCUUGGCGGCGGCAUCGGCGAGUCGCGCAUGGCCGGGCCCGAGAAGCGAACCAGCUUAUCCUCGGUAGUGUCGAACGCGGAGGCGGAAGCCGCCGCCGCCGCUGCCGCUGCGGCUAUAGCCGCGGCAGGCACGCCGGGCGGACCCGGGGGAGGGUUUUCCAGGGACGGGCCGUCUCCGCCCGUGUCCAUCCGCCGUCCGCCGUCGCGCGGAGCUAUGAGCUUCGCAAGCAGUUCGGACGGGGAGCCGAGCGCCCAGGUGAUGCCGUGGGGGGGAAGCCCCGCGCCCCGCCUGGGGGGAGGAGCGGGGGCGGAGCGCGGGGGCGGGGGGUUUCCGGUCUCCGCGGAGAGCCCCGGGGGAAGGAGCGUGGCGAGCGAGAUGCUGACGUUGGAUAAUGAUGACGUGGCGGGUGGGGGCCCGGUGGUGGCGGCGCUACAGGCGGCGCACGCGCGGAGGAAGCAGAGUGACCGGAGCUACUUCCAAAAGGCCGAGGAGAUGUACUCUUUACAGGUGGCGGUGGCGCUGCGGCUGAUAGAGGACGCGGAGAUGGCGGAGGAGACGGAGAUGGCGCCCCCUCAGGCGAACCCCAACGACAUGCUCUGGGCCAGUCCGCUCAUGCCACGUAGCCAGGCUGAAGCCACAGCCUACCGCUUCUGGGUCAAUGGAUGUCUCAGCUACGAGGAUCGUAUCGAGGACGGGUUCUACGACAUUUGGGGCAUGCAGCCGUACGUCUACUCGCUCUGCGUGGACUCCUCCCACCGCGGCCGCAUGCCGCCGCUCGACUCCCUGCGCGCGCUGCACCCAAGCGAGGCGUCGUUUGAUGUGGCGCUGAUCAACCGCACCAUUGAUGCGGAGCUGAAGGACCUGGAGGAUGAAGCAGUUAACCUCGCUUAUGCUGCCACCGAGGUGCAGACACUCGCGCAGAAGCUGGGCGUGCUGGUGGCGCAUCAUAUGGGAGGCGCGGUGAACUCAGAGCCCAACGAGUUGAUCCCGCGGUUCAGGCAGCGGGGGUGGGAGAUCAAGAGCUACCUCAAGACCAUUGUGCUGCCCAUCGGCCAGCUGCCCGUGGGGAUCUGCCGCCACCGCGCCCUGCUCUUCAAGGUGUUGGCGGACGCGCUGGGCAUGCCAUGUCGUAUCCAGAAGGGAUGCAAGUUCUGUGGGAUGGACGAUGGGGCCUCGUGCCUUGUGCUUGCCAGUGAUGAGAGGGAAUAUGUCGUGGAUCUGCUGCAGCGCCCAGGCACUCUCCUCACCAUCGAGCCCUCGGCAGAGUCUGCCACCAGCACCGCCACCAACGCCACUUACAUCGCCUCGCCCCUGCGCUGCCCGGAGAUCAAAUCUCUCGCGCUCACGGACCCUGCGGACGGCACGGUGCCGCAAUGGGUGCCGGACUUCAGAAGGCAGCAGCAGGAGCAGGAUGCGGAGGCGAUGGUGGGAUCGAGGCGAAUUUACGCGGGAGGGCCCAAGGACCCGCGGCACGUGGCUGCAUCGCCCAAGGGGGAGAGGCGGCGGAAGGAGCUCAAAGAGGUGGAGGAGGAGGAGGACAGCGAGGAGGAGGAGGAGAAGAAGCCGCAGAAGAAGGCCGGGAAGAAGGGCGGCGGGGAGGAGGACGAGGGGAAGAAGAAGGCGAAAGCACCGAAGCAGGAGGCGGCACCGCCAGCAGACGACGAGGCGGCGGAUGCAGGAGUGGAAUUUAUGGAUGUGCUGAUGGAUGGGCGUAUCAUGGACAUUGGCGAGGCGGAGAUUGACUGGAACGACAUCGAGAUGGGGGAGAGGGUGGGCGCAGGUUCCUUCGGUACGGUGUACCGCGCCGAGUGGGCUGGCUGUGAUGUGGCAGUGAAGGUGCUUAUCAACCAGGACAUGCAGGAGGAGCAGUUGCUUGAGUUCAAACGAGAGGUGGUCAUCAUGCGUCGUCUGCGCCAUCCCAACAUAGUGCUCUUCAUGGGAGCGGUUACCAAGCCGCCCCACCUCUCCAUCCUCACAGAGUUCCUUAGCAGGGGAAGUCUGUUUCGUCUGCUGCAUCGGCCAGGGGCAAAGGAAACGUUGAAGGAGGACCGACGUAUUCGCAUGGCCAUGGAUAUUGCGCGAGGCAUCAACUAUCUGCACCAUUGCACGCCCAUGAUUGUGCAUCGCGAUCUCAAGACUCCCAACCUACUCGUGGACAAAAAUUUCACAGUCAAGGUCUGCGACUUUGGUCUAUCUCGCAACAAGAACAGCACCUUCCUCUCCUCCAAAUCGGGCGCCGGAACGCCCGAGUGGAUGGCGCCUGAGGUGUUGCGAAACGAGCCGUCCAAUGAGAAGUCGGAUGUGUACAGCUUUGGAGUGAUCCUGUGGGAGCUGGUGACGCUGCUGCAGCCAUGGGACGGCAUGAACCCCAUGCAGGUGGUGGGAGCAGUGGGAUUCCAGAACCAACGCCUCACCGUCCCUCCUGACCUCGACCCGGCUCUCUCCACACUCAUCCUCGACUGCUGGCACAAUGACCCCAAGGACCGCCCCAAGUUUGAUGAUAUCAUGGUGCGGCUGAAGCCAAUCGCUCAAAAGGCAGCGGCCGGGAAGAAUGUGUGCGGCGGUGCUCCUGCUGGUUAA